CCCCUCAUGAUUGUGACCUCAGCAGUCACACAGAGAAUUCCUGUCAUUCACCCCCAAUGCUUUGGCUCGGUGAACAGAGCAGCCAAUGCACCAGCAACAUUAAAUACCUCCACAUUCUCUCAGAGAGAUCACACUCAACACAGGGAGCUAAUUUUGGAGCCAAGCGGCAUUCAAACAACCACCUGCUCAUGUCUCUCACUGAGCUGCAGACUCUGGUGUCGGGGACGGGACGGUGAACAGAGAAGGCAGGAGCAGCCGCUCAGUGUCCAGGGAGAAUGUCAGGGAGCAACCAGCAACAGAACCUGGUGCUCAUAAAAGAACUGGAGCUCAUUCUGGAUUCCUGCACACUGGAGCUCACACCAGUGGAUGAAGUCUGGCCUAACCUGUACAUAGGAAAUGUGGCCGUGGCUCAGAACAGAAAGACGUUACAUAAGCUCGGCAUCACUCAUGUCCUGAAUGCAGCACACUCCAAGCAGGGCAGCAUCGGUGACCAGAGUUUUUACGGGAACACCUGCGUCUACUUUGGCAUCUCAGCCGAGGACUCGGAGCACUUUGACCUCAGUCAGUACUUCAAACCUGCAGCUGACUUCAUACAUCAAGCCCUGAAGAGCAAAGAUGGGAGAGUGCUGGUGCACUGCAUCAUGGGCGUGAGUCGAUCGGCCACUCUGGUCCUAGUGUACCUGAUGAUGCGGCAGCAUUUGUCUCUGAGAGAUGCUCUGAGGCAGGUCGUCCAAAAACGAGCCAUUUACCCAAACCGCAACUUUCUGUCCCACCUUCUCAAGCUGGAUGAACAGCUGACACACAGAAGAAGGUGGUGUCCUCUUCUCUGACAUCCAACAUCUCACGAGUCACUUUGGGACCUCUCUCUUUUUCCAUGUGUUGCACUCUAGUAAAGUUAGUGUUGAUGUAGCUAAAGGUGAGUCUGAUAGAUCCAUAUUUUUUUUUUCUUCUUGCACAAAAACAAGUUCUGGCUUCGGCAGCAGUGGCCAUGUUGUUGUUGUUACGUGUUGUAAAUAUUGAAGUAGAGUGUCUAUUUAUUUUUCAUAUACUCAAUCAAAUCAAUAAACAAAUGUUACCUUGAUUAGUAUUGUCAGGCAUGUCCACGAGCUUUGUAAAUAAUAAAUAAUUGUUCAAUAGA